CACUUGCUAACUUCAUGCAUCUUCUUUGAAUUUUACUAUUUGCAGCUUUUAAAGUUGUUAUUUUUGCUUUCGUUAAUGCAUUGUAUGGUUUUAAUUUGAAAGAAUUUCCUUGCAUGAGAUAUUGAUCAAUCUUGAGGUUUGGAUCUGGGGUUUGCAUUGCUUAUUAAACAAGAUUCGACUCGAUAGGGAAUCUUAAGGUUAACGAGGGGAGAGAGAAUAUUUGAAAUAUUUGUUUGUGUAUUCUCUUUUUCAAGUGUCUUGCAUCAAUCUAAAUAAAACUUGAUUAACUGGUUAUUGCUUUAAACUAAAUUUUGCGUGUUUUGUUGUGAUUUUGACGAUGCAUGGUAGAUGGGAGACAUUGGUUUUUAGUGAAACAUGAUUUUCAGGUCUGGUUGAGGUUGAAGAUGACGUGGCGUGAUUUACAGUUUAGCCUGUGAUGUUUCGAUAGUUAUUCAUUUUAGUCCUUUUUUUGCUGAUUUGAAUUGUUUUCAAGAGCAUCCCUGCUUUGUGUAAAUAUGCCUUUUCAGAUGGGCUCUUGGUAACAAAUGUAUGGAUGAACUGCUUUGUAUUGACAAGAUGGCGGCAACAUCAGCAGCUUCCUUUUCAGCUGGAUCUACUGUCGCCUUUGGCACCAAAGCAAGCCAACUCCCACAAUCAAAACCUUCAGCUUUAAGAUUCAAGUCCCAGAAAUCACUUGCAACCUUCAGUGGUCUCAAGGCAGCUACGUUUGUGAAGUGUGUGUCAGAGUCAUCUUUCUUAGGCAAGGAGAGUAGUGCAGCCCUUCGAGGCUCUGUUGUACCAAAAGCUCAAAAAUCAAGCCAAAAGUCACAGUAUCACGUAAACCCACUGGCAUCUUACAAAGUGGCAAUUCUUGGAGCUGCUGGAGGGAUAGGCCAGCCCCUAGCACUUCUAGUUAAGAUGUCUCCAUUGGUUUCAGCCCUGCACCUCUAUGAUAUAGCAAAUGUCAAGGGAGUUGCUGCUGACAUCAGUCACUGUAAUACCCCUGCGCAAGUUUUGGAUUUCACUGGGGCUUCUGAGUUGCCCAAUUCUCUGAAGGGUGUCGAUGUUGUUGUCAUUCCUGCUGGGGUUCCAAGGAAGCCUGGUAUGACCCGGGAUGACCUCUUCAACAUCAAUGCCAGCAUAGUGAAGAACUUGGUUGAGGCUGUGGCUGAUAACUGCCCUGAUGCCUUCAUCCACAUUAUCAGCAAUCCAGUAAACUCUACAGUGCCAAUUGCAGCUGAAAUUUUGAAGAAGAAGGGUGUGUAUGAUCCAAAGAAGCUCUUUGGCGUUACUACACUUGAUGUCGUGAGGGCAAAUACAUUUGUUGCACAGAAGAAAAACCUCAAGCUUAUUGACGUGGAUGUGCCAGUGGUGGGAGGGCAUGCAGGGAUAACUAUUCUUCCCCUUCUAUCAAAGACAAAUCCCUCUGUUAGUUUCACUGAUGAGGAAGUGCAGGAGCUAACUGUAAGGAUCCAGAAUGCAGGGACAGAAGUUGGGGAGGAAAGGGCGGGGGCAGGGUCUGCAACCCUGUCAAUGGCAUACGCCGCAGCCAGAUUUGUCGAAUCUUCUCUUCGUGCUUUGGAUGGGGAUGCUGAUGUAUAUGAGUGCUCGUAUGUGCAAUCUGAUCUUACUGAGCUUCCAUUCUUUGCUUCUAGGGUAAAACUUGGAAGGAAGGGGGUUGAAGCUUUCAUUUCAUCUGACCUCCAAGGGCUGACUACGUUUGAACAGGAGGCACUGGAAGCUCUCAAGCCUGAACUGAAGGCCAGCAUUGAGAAGGGUAUUGCAUCUGCUCAGAAGCAACCAGUUGGUGCCUAGAGCGAGGUUAGUUAUAAAUGAAUUUACUAAACUGAGAUGCAGGAGUAUUGAGGUUGAUAAUUCUUGUUGCGACACAUCACUAUAUCAGCACUUUCAAGUUUCGUAGAUUUUUCAUUUUCAUUUCUUUUUUUAAUAUUAUGAAGAACUCUUUCUAAUGAGACAUUUCAUGAUAGCGCUGUAGAUUUGAAAAUUGCAAUUGCUGCAAUUGAGAGCA